AUGUCGACCACUGGCACGCAGAAAGGAAUGCCUUACGUACGCCUGGGCAACUCUGGGCUCAAAGUUUCCAAGAUCAUUCUGGGAACAAUGCAGUAUGGUACCAGCGAGUGGCAAGACUGGGCUCUUGGAGAGGAAGAAGCCAACAUCCACAUCAAGGCUGCCCUACCUCGGGACAAGAUUGUAGUCUAUAGAGUUGUUGGCCGUACCCCUAGUGAAAGGCUCUCCAAGCCAGGUGUACGUCCUGAUCAACUAGGCUACGUUAAUCAAAGGGGUUUGAGUCGCAAGCACAUUUUCGCAUCCAUCAAGAAGAGUCUAGAGCGUUUGCAACUUGAUUAUGUUGAUGUUCUGUCAUGCAAUCGUUUUGACACAGAGACGCCGAUCGAGGAGACGAUGCAAGCUCUGCAUGAUGUUGUGCAGGCUGGUUAUGUCCGGUACAUCGGCAUGUCUUCAUGCUGGGCUUACCAAUAUUACGCGAUCACAAACCACCUCACGCCUUUCAUUUCUAUGCAGAACCACCACAAUUUGAUCUAUCGUGAAGAGGAACGAGAGAUGUUCCCGACACUCAAGAUGUUCGGCGUUGGAUGCAUCCCCUGGUCACCGCUUGCUCGAGGACUCCUCACUCGUCCUCUCGGUGAGAAAACAGUUCGUGGAAAGAGCGAUUCUGCCAUUAACUCAUAUGUCCAGCACGAGUCUGACAAAGACAUUAUGAGCCGCCUCGAGGAAGUUGCGAAGAAGAAAGGCGCAAGUAUGGCACAGAUAGCCCUUGCUUGGUCGAUGGCACAAAACAUCGUCACGGCGCUGAUCGUCGGGACCACGUCCUUGAAGCACCUGCAGGAUCUUCUUGGUGCCAUUAACAUCACUCUGACUGCAGAAGAGUGUAAGUAUUUGGAGGGGCCUUAUCAGCCAAAGUCGGUCUUUGGUCACAGAUAA